AUGUUCCAGAUCUCGUCGCUUGUCCAGAAGGCUCAGUCGCUGGUAGACCCGUCGAACUUCGGCUUCCCUGCACCCGCCGCCUCUGAUCGAAACCCGUCCAAGGCAGCGCUCUUCCGCCAGCAGUUCCGCCUCCCAGACUCCCAGAAUCCGCUGCAGGAGAUAUCAGCCGAGCUCGUCCUGCCGCUGCCCUACUCGUCCUCGAGCUCGACCCACGGCGAACGAGCCAAGGACGCUGGCCGUUCUGGCAACCGUCGUCAGAUUCUCUCUCCGUCUGCGUUUACGGGACAGACGCAUGGGACCGGCCCGUCGGGCAACGGCUUCACAUUACCCCUCUGUGCGAUACGACGAGUCGAGAGGCUGAAUAGCCACGGUCACGUCUUCUCGCUUUCCAUCACAACUUGGAACGGAGCUCUGGGCAAAGCGGCCACGUCGAAGGAUACGCCUGCGUUGGUACAAAAGUUUACAAUCCAUCUGGACGGUUCGCGCCAGGCCUGUGAGCGGUUCUGUGAUGGACUGAAACGGGGACUGAGGGAUGGCAUGAAGGAUGUCGAGGGCCUCAGGCAGGUGGUCGCUGGAUGUCACUCGGAGUACAUGCUGUCUGGCUCUCGGACGAUCAAGAAGGAGGGCGUGGAGGUCGAGACCACCAGGGAGCCGCCGGAUACGGGAUUGGGUCUGGUGUUUAGGUAUCCCGGUGACGCUAGGAAGCUGAGAGAUCGGAGUAAGAUGCGGUUAUGGGGAGAGUACAUGAGAGAAAACGGACGCAAUGCCACAAUGAUAAGGCAGCCUACGUUCCAUAAGCUCAUCCGAGUCGGCCUUCCAAACCGGCUACGCGGAGAGCUAUGGGAGAUCUGCUCUGGUUCAUUCUAUUCACGCCUACGAGCUCCAAACCUGUACGAGGAGACGCUGGCCAAGUUCUCUGGCCGUGAGUCUCUUGCAAUAGACGAGAUUGAGAAGGAUCUCAAUCGCUCUCUUCCAGAGUACCCCGGAUUCCAGAGUGAAGAGGGCAUCAACAGGUUAAGAAGAGUUUUGACAGCGUAUAGCUGGAUAAACGAAGAAAUAGGAUAUUGUCAAGCAAUGAACAUCGUCGUUGCUGCCCUGUUAAUUUAUACGUCUGAAGCACAAGCUUUCUUCCUUCUAUCAGUGCUAUGUGACCGGUUAUUACCCGGUUACUAUUCCACAACUAUGUACGGAACAUUGCUUGACCAAAAAGUGUUUGAGUCUCUUGUGGAAAAGACCAUGCCUAUUCUGUGGGAGCAUUUGGUAAAAUCUGACGUCCAGCUAUCCGUUGUCUCCCUUCCUUGGUUCCUCUCACUAUACAUCAACUCCAUGCCCCUUGUCUUUGCGUUCAGGGUUCUCGACGUCUUUUUCCUGGAGGGACCAAAAGUACUCUUUCAAGUCGGGCUGGCAAUUCUUCGAAUCAAUGGAGAGGAGCUACUCGACGUCACCGACGAUGGAACCUUUAUCUCUAUCCUCAAAUCUUACUUUUCCAGACUCGACGAGUCUGCACAUCCUCGUUCAGAAAACCCAAAGCUGCGUGCCAUCACUCGUUUCCAAGAGCUCAUGGUCGUGGCUUUCAAGGAGUUCUCGGGAAUAACCCACAGUACAAUCGUGGAGGAACGAGCGCAACACAAGGAUGCAGUCUUGAGCAAUAUUGAAAACUUUGCCAAGAGAACUUCUAUCAGAAAUCUCGGGCCAGAGAGUAAGAAGCUCAGCGUGGACGAUCUAGGUGCAACAUACGACCGUUUCUAUGACGUGCUAUAUGAUCGCCAACAAAAGAUAAAGGCCCAGGAAGAAGAAGAGAGGCGCCGAAAUAAGGCCGGAAGCAAGAACCCGGCACGAUACUCUACUCUCCUCCCCAAAGUCGAGGAACAAGUAAGCCGUGUUGGCCUUGGACCCAGCCCGUCGCUUAUGGACUAUGAUGGCUUUAGACAAUUCCUUGCAGCCACUGCCAAAUGGGCAGCCAGUGACUCUCCCCCUCGCAAGGAAUCCGCUUCUGAUCGAAAUGCCAGUAUAAGAGGACGCAAUAAGUCUUCAGACAGGUCAAAAUACCCUGCUCCUGCAGAGCACGACUUUUUAAGACGACUUUUCCGUAAAUGGGAUGUUGAUGGCAACGGCGGCCUCAGCUUACAGAACGUUGUCAAUGGCCUGGCUCAAAUAAAGGGCGGCAGAGAUAUAAUGAACACAAUAAAUUACUUUUUUGACCUAUAUGAUGACGAUGGCACUGGCCAAGUGGAUCGAGAGGGCAUACUUCGCAUGUCCGAGGCCCUCCUUUUCCUCUCAAGGAGAGGAUUUGAAGGCCUAAUCAACAUUAGGGCGAACGGGGAGAGCGAUCGAUUAUCAACUUCAACCCAGGAAGGAGACGUGCGAGCCCGACCUAAGCUCAGUGCUGACGAGAAGUUCCUAAGCAGUGUCAGCGACUUUAUCCAGCAUUGUUUUGAAUACGCUGAUCCCAGCCAUCCACAGAAUCAAGAACGUACAGAAGUGGAAUCGCAACUGGAAGCCUUUAGCAUCGGUGACGAUGAUGACGAUGAUGAGGAAGAAGAGUACCAUCCAACCCCUGACUCAGAGACGAAAGAGAAAGAAAAAUCAUUAGAGCCUGCAAGCGACGAAAUUCCGAACACUCCCCUAUCCCCUACUACCAAAGAAGCCUCAGAGGCAGCAAACGCAGCUCUAGAUCCUGCACACCCCUUACACAUCACACUACCGACCUUCCGCAUGGUCAUCCUCGCAGAUGAACUCCUUGAACAAUUCUUUGAAAGCUUUUUCCCUGAAUCAUUCCACCUCUCCGACCGUCCAUCCCAAGACACAUCUGCCGCACAGCGCUCUACAUCCCUCUCUUCCAAUCUCACCACCUUUACCAAUCUUGGCUAUAACCGCUCCUCUGGCGCAGCUACCGCUCCAUCCGGAGCCACAAUUGCCGGUGCAUCCGGCGGCAUCGUUCCGCCAGGCCACAAAGGUCUAAGAGGCGUUCUAGACAACAUCGUCUCAGACGGAAUGCGAAUGGCUGCCGAAGUCCGCAAGAAGAUGGAAGAAGCCCAGCGCGAAAUGGAACGGAACGCUCUCGGCAGCAGGGCGGACGAAGAAGAUGACGACGACGAUGACGAUGCAGCUUACUAUGAACGAAGGAAUACCGAUGCAUCUAAGCUUCGUGCACCAUCUAUUCGUGAAGGUGAUCGCGAUUUACUUGAAGGAGCUGAAGUGGCUAGUAUUCGGGAACGGGAAGGGUCGGAACAGGCUGAAGGCAGUGCUGCGAAUCCUUCCAAGUCAACGCUCUCGCCGUCGCCUGGUUCGCUUGUUCGACGGCCGUCAGACUUUAGUAUUGACAAGGUCGAGUUCGAGUCGUAG